AUGCCCUCAUUCGUCUCGUCUGGCAUCAAUAGCGACCAGCUUCUCAAGCGAAAACUCGCCAGAGGCAAAUAUGUCUGGUUCAUCAGCAUAGCCGUUUUCCUUUUUUUCGAGGUGGCUUUGCAAACCGCAUACAGCACGAUGAAGCUUGUUUUCAGCUCCCCUAGCCUACCUGAAACAAGCUCUCGGACCAGCACCAAGCCCGUGGACAGUUCAUCCCCGAUCGAAACGAAACUGCUGGCUAUGUUCCCGUUUGAAGACGCCGACCCCGAGAAUAACAUUUUCCAACUCUGGGGUUUUGAGUCUCAGACAGGCGAUAUGCCCCAAGAGGUGAGCGAAAUGGUGCAUAAAUGGAGCUCAGAAAACCCAUCGUAUGUGCACAGUGUCCUUGAAGUAAGCCAGGCGGAAGCUUUGGUGGAGGAAAUGCUCAUAACUAGCGUUCCUGAGGUGUGGCAAGCAUACAAAGGACUGCCCCAUCCUCGCCACAGGUACGAGUUCCUCAAGUAUCUGUUGAUAUAUCUGUUUGGGGGAACUUACGUGGACACUUACGUCGAGCUUCAGAAGCCGAUUAACGAGUGGUACCAUCCACGGAUGAUGUACGGACGCCUCUACGUUGGGAUUCUGGGCGAUUCAAACGAGCCAGACUAUGAUCAGCAUCUGAAUAGACGGCUGACGUUCUCCACCAGCGUGUUUCAGGCCAGGUCUGGGCAUCCAUUUCUAGCAAAGCUGAUUACCCGUAUAUCGCACACUGCGUUGCAACAGACCAAGAAACUGAAGAAGAUUGACUGGGAAGCAGCUUUCCACAAAUCCGACUCGACGGGAGAGCCUAGCGUCUCGCUCACAGGGCCGUCGAUCUUCACAGACACUCUCAUGGACUACCUGAACAGUAUUCCUAACGCUGUUCAUGUCUCUGUCGCGAAAACAUUGCAGAGCCCCAUCGUCGGACCCGAGGUGCCGAAAUCGCAACGGUUCUCGUACAAAACGUUUACACAGAUUCAGGCACCCUCGCAGGUCGAGGAUGUGGUGAUCUACCCACAAGUUUCGUUCCAAGGUCUACCGGAUGGCCAAGAGCACGACUCCUCUAACUAUCUCUAUGCCAAGCCGCGAGACUUCUUUAAGUGGGGGUACAAAUCGAACUUGCAUCUGAAAACCCCGGAAUCUGGCUAG